GCGGGGUCUUACUCGAUUGAUGGCAGCUAAUUUACAAGAAUAAAUGAAUCGUUACCAAGAUUAUUUCCGCUUUUAUCAGUAAUCGAAGUGAAAAUGUGGUUGAAAAGUGCAGUUUAAGUUAUAAACGCACGUUUCUGACGUGCGUAUUGUGGUAGAAAAUGUAUAUUCGUAGCACGCUAGGAGCCAUUUUUGCUAUAUUUAUUUUAUGCGUUCAUUGUGAUAAUGCAGCUAAUUACAACGAAAUUACGAGGAUUUACGUUCCGUCCGCACCACAGAACCUGACAGCCAAUAGGGUGACAGCAGACGAAAUCCACCUAUCAUGGGCCCCGCCUUUGACCUCGAUCCCUGCGCCCAAACACCUAUCAGAUCUCAAGACCCAAACACCAACGACCACCGAUCGAGACGUUUCCAAGAAGAAGCAUGAACAGCAGUCGGACGAGCCUGUGAAUGACGUCAUAGAGGACUCCGCGGUUAUGUCCGACUCGCCAGUCAAUCUGAAGGAUUUUGACUACACCUGGUACAAGAGCGGGCGAGAGAAGUUUGACGACAUCAUCAUUGACGAACAGUAUCGGAGUAAAAGGGAGCUCCGAUCGCAUCGCCACAGAAAGAGACGUCAAAACAACGCGACAGAUAUCAAAACUCACCAUGAAAAAGACGAGGUGGAAACCCACCAAGCCGUUGAUAUGCCCAUCAAAGAAGUUGUGAAGAAAUCGUAUCCACCACCGAUUGUGCCACUUAAGAACCCAGCACAGAUCGCCUAUGUCUUGUACUAUGAGCAAGGGGUGCCAAGGUCAGACACGUCGACGAUAUUUGGAGUCCAAAGUUCUUCAGAAGUGAAGAAGAAGAAUGUAUUUCCAAGUGAUUUGGGCAUGGAGCAGUACUCGAGGGCCACGAAGAAUCUGACGUUGCUGAACACAUCUGGUGUUGUGACCAAAGUCGUCGGGUUCCGGUUGAGGAAUUUGAAGCCGUUCACUCCAUACAAGAUCUGGGUACGAGCGUUCUACAACUUCUCCUUGGAAGGCGUCAAGUCAUCCGACCUGAUCGACCGGCUGGGCCCACAGUCCACGCCCCUCUACGUCCUGACUGAUGUGCGGCCCCCAUCUGCGCCUAUUGUGCUGAAUUUGACUUGCGAUCAGCCCAAAGGAAUUCUAUUUCUUCAAUGGCGUCAACCGCUGGAGUACAACAACUCGUUGGACCAGUACGUGGUGACACUGCGCAAGAUCCCCGAGAUGCAGCCGCGCAGCCGCUUGACCAUGCCCACAAACAAGAGCGACAUUGAAACUACCAUCACGGUGAACGUGGACCUAUCAAACGUGACACAGUACGAAGUGAAGAUCUACGCGGUGACCCUGUCCGUGGCUCGUAACAACAUGCUCAUCAACGGGUCGGAGUCUCCGCCAGAGGAGAUAUCAAGCGAGUGGUGCACGUCGUCCCCGAGCGUGAGCGCGCCGGGCUCGGUGACGUCUGCGCGGGGCGUGAGCACGGCCGCGCUGCUGGGCGUCGUGCCGCUGGCGCUGAUCGCCGCCGCCGCCGUCGCCGCCGUCUACUGGCGGUGUCGGUCCAGACUGAGUAAGUGCAUCAGCGCGGCGUACAACUACCUAGAAGAGGGCGGCGAGAGAGCUGCUCGGGCGCCGCUCAACGCGUAUAAGAAACCAGUGGUGUCCCAGUCCCCGCUGGCGGCGGCGGGCGGCGCGGCGGAGGCGGGCCCGGCGCCGACGGCGGCCCCGCCGCGCAUGGCCACGGCGCACCACCCCGCCGUCAGCGCGCGCUGCUUCCCGCGACACGUGGCCGCGCUGCACGCCGACGGGGACAUCGGCUUCAGCAAAGAGUACGAGAUAGUGGUAGCGAAGUCCGCGGCACUCGGCCACACGAGCCAUCACAGCCACCGGCCAGAGAACAGACUCAAGAACAGAUACCUCAACAUUACUGCUUACGACCACUCCCGCGUGUGCGUGUCCGCGGGCGGGCGCUGCGGCGCGCGCGGCUGCGUGGGCGCGGGCCGCGGCGCCGCCUGCGACUACGUCAACGCCAACUUCAUCGACGGCAUGUUGCCCAGCCUGGGGCCCGAACACGUGCGCCGCAUACAGCGCAAGCUGCACCGCAGGCAGCCCUUGCAGAGAAAACCGUCAAUAAAGCCUGCAAAGCCGCCGCCUAACCUGACAGAGGGCAUAGAGUCCGCGUUCCUCAAUAUUGAGUUCUCCGGCAUAGUGGAGUCCACUGACCAGGACUCGGACAGCGAGCGCAGCGACACCGACACUGAGCUCGAUGACGUCUAUGUCGAUAUUGACGGCGAGAAGACCCGCGUGAAGCUAGAAUGGCUGGUGUGGCGCAGGCGCUAUAUCGCGACGCAGGGGCCCACGCCGGCAACGCUGGACGCGUUCUGGCGCAUGAUCUGGCAACAUCGCGUGCACACCGUCGUCAUGAUCACCAAUCUCGUCGAGCGCGGCCGGCGUAAGUGCGACAUGUACUGGCCGGACGGCGGGCGCGGCAGCACGGCGCAGUUCGGCGGCGUGCACGUGACGCUGCAGCACGAGGACGUGCGGGCCGCCUACACCGUGCGGCGCAUGCGCGUGCGCCCCGCCGCGCCCGCGCUAAACGGGGACAGCCCGGUGGGCAGCCCCGGGCAGUGCCGCACCGUGGUGCAGUACCACUACACGGUGUGGCCCGACCACGGCACGCCGCGGCACCCGCUCGCCGUGCUGCCCUUCGUGCGCGCCGCCAGCGCCGACGAGGGCACCGUGCUGGUGCACUGCAGCGCCGGCGUCGGCCGCACUGGCACAUACAUAGUGCUGGACGCGCAGCUCAACCAACUGAAGCUGACAGGCACCCUCUCCCCCCUCGGCUUCCUCUGCCGGGCGCGCACACAACGGAACCACCUCGUGCAGACAGAAGAACAAUACGUUUUCGUCCACGACGCGUUACUGGAACACGUCAGAUCCGGCGACACAGAAGUCGAAUUCACCAAAGCCAGAGAAUACUUGGCGAAGCUUCUAGAACCUAUCUCCGAGGAUGAGUUGGCUGUUCUGGACUUGAGUCCCCAAAAGGUUAAAAGCAGUAACGACCUAACGAAUGGCUUAGACGAUACAGCAAGCGUCAAGAGCCAAAGUCAAGAGGCACAGUCUUGUGCAAACGAUGCACAGUCCUGUGUUAAUGGGGACAACGAGUUGUUAGAGAAUGGGAGUCAGAUGUCGAUUAAGACUGAUGAGCUGAACAGUGAACAAAGCAAGUCGGUGAAGGAUGAUGAUGAAGGGCGGAGUGAACCCAUGGUGAACGGCGAAGAGACAGAAGGCGUGUACGACUUGGCGCCGCGGUCGACAGACACGUACAGUAAGAAGAUGCAAGCGUAUAACAACCUCAGUGAACAGGAGAAGGAAGAGAUUAGGAGGGUGAACCGAGCGGAAAACUACGCGUUGCUAGAACGCAUGCGGUCGCUGGCCAACAGACAUCACACGUAUCAGGGCCCGCCGCCUGUCAACCUGCUGGAGAAACAGUUCUUGCUCAUAACUCGAUCAUGCGUGGAGCCGAGCGUGUGUGCGCGCGCAGCUCACAACGUGGACAAGAACCGCGUCGGCGGCAUCCUGCCUUCGGACUCUGCUAGGGUCAUGCUCGUGCCCAAACCAGGAGUUGAAGGUAGCGACUACGUGAACGCGUCGUGGGUGUGCGGCCGGCGGCGGCUCCGGGAGUACGCGGUGGCCCAGCACCCGCCCACGCCUGCCGCGGCCGCUGACCUAUGGCGCUUACUCUGGGACCACACCGCGCAACUGGUACUUGUACUCAGUGACACCACCGAUCCGGAAUGCGAAAUAUUCUGGCCGACUGAGGACGAAAAGGAAUUAUUCAUAGCGAAUUUUAAAGCGAGUUUCGUAUCAAAAGACACUUACGUUGCGUACAAGAAAUCUGAACGAAAGACAGAAACCACUGCCCCUAUGGAACCAGAGACGAACGGCCACGGCCUUAGGCGGCAGGAGAGCGACUGCGCGGACGACGAGAGACUCAUACCCGAAAAUAGUUCCCCCGUGUCCGAAACCGAACCGCACUACAGAUUCGACCGAACCGAACUGCGGUUAGAACGCCUAAGCGCCGGCAACAGGGAUUUAUCCGCGCGAAAAUCGAUAGCGAACGGAGACUUAUUUUCAUCGUUAUCUGAGAAGAAAAACGGUCCAAAAUCGCCUAGGAGUCCUUCGAAAAUGUCUUUGAAGAACUUCAAGUUAAGUUCGCCGACGAAGUUUAAGUUUCCCGAGUGGGGCGGUAAGACGGCGGGGUCGCCGCCCGACGUGGCCCCGCCGCCGCCCCCCGUCGCCCCUUCACUCUCCGUCGAAGAAGAAGCCGAACUUCGCCGACCGGUGUACUACUUCGAAAAGGUCGAGACAGUCCCCGAAAGUAUACCAUCAGAUAGAAUAAUAGAGGUUAUAAACGUGAGUGUGCAUUCGUUGCAAGACGACUAUCAGUUAAGCGUUAAGUUUAUCAAAUGUUCGCAUUGGUUGGAAGGGCAUACUACGGAGUAUACGGCGGGGAAGCCUGAUGAUAACGAGUACGUAAGGGCGGUGAGAGAGGCGACGACGAAGAGCGAACGGGAAGAGGCGAUAGACAGGCUUGUGGAGCCGUAUAAAAACUCGUUCGCGUUGAUAGAAUAUGUGGCUGGUGCGCAGAUGGAGUAUAAGAACGGGCCGGUCGUCGUCGUGGACAAGUACGGCGGGUGGCAGGCGAUGUCGUUCUGCACGCUGAGCUCGGCGUGCGGCGCCAUGCGCGCGGCGCCCCCGCCCGAGCCGCCGCCGGCGCGCGCCGCCUCGCUGUACUGCGGCGCGGCGCUGGCGGCGCACGCGCGCUGCGCCACGCACCGCGCGCCGCACCGCCUGCCCGCGCUGCUGGCCGCCUACGCCGCGCUGGCCGCGCACGCGCCGCUGCUGCCGCCGCCCGAGGACCCAAUAGAGCGGACCCCAAACAGAUCUUCAGUAAUACAUUGAAACGUUAUCUAGUUGUAUAGAUGUGAAAUACUCAACGAGUUGUAUGGGAAUACUGCGGCCGAAUCGAGAAGUCGCCAAAUCUUCACACCGUACGUAUUGGACGCCACUCCGUAAUUUGGUAGGGUUAUUUUACGCCACCAGUCAGAAUGAUUAUUGAAUGUAGUAUAUAAUAAUCUAUGGAUGUAUAAAAACAAGACACUUUUUACACAUAUUUUUUAAGGUCGUUCGUUUCAUUGUCAAUUUCGUUGCAAGUUUUUUUUAACUUGAUGUCGAUUUCAAAUAUAGAAACUGAACGUUACAUUGUAAUGUAACAACUUAGCACGUGACUUGCAAGAAAAACACGUUACAAAGAUAAUGGCAAUGGAACGAACGGAGCCUAUUUAAGGGUACAGUCAGACACAAAUAUAGCAUUUACUAACAUUUAGUCCCCUUCACGUCGAAAUGGAAUGCUCAAAGUGUUAACAACAAUAAAAUUAGCACUAAAACUUAGUUCUCUGUGGUCUGUUUUGAUAGGAUUUUCUAAAUUUAAAACAAAGUCCCUAUGAUUACUAUAUGGCUUAAAUGUGAAGUGGUUAUAUCCACUUAGGACUACGGAAGGUCUUCCUAUCUUGUGUGGGUUGUGAGCUCAAUAACCGACCUUAUCAACCCUGGUGUCAGGGUUACUAUUGAACCACCAAAGGCCCCUGACAUAGCUCAUGUAAGUACAUACAUACUACUAAUUGCAAUGGAUGUAGGAACUUAUGAAUUCACGCCAUUGCCAUUUCUAACUCCUUGAUUUCGGAUGGCUGUCAUUAUUUUAAUUUUUAACGAAUUUCGAUGUUGCUUUCGCGUUUGGCUAUCAAUUUAUUGAAACUAGUUUUUGAUACUUCUCAACUACCAUAGUAUUUGUGGUCAUACAUCAUUUGUUUGAAUAGGUCAUCAUCAUCUCUCGUUAUCGCGUUUUGACAGGUCCGAGUCAGGUUCUAACAUAACCUAAACAUGUGACAGGUCCGGUUUUUUUUACAUUUGUUGAAAAAGUAAAUUCUAUGUUACAUUUAGAUAGUCCUAUCAAAACAGAUUAUAAAUAUUCACUCACUAAAUCGUUUGUGAAUCCAACAAAGCUUUGUCUCUUAUGAAAUAAGAUGUGGUUGUGUAUAAGGAUAUUUUAUGGCUGAAUAUAUUGUAGCAUAUUGUUUUUAAAUAGAUUUACGUUGCUUAGGUCUUGAUAGCAAAAGAUGUGCAGAAUGACACAAACUCGCUGUAUUUUUGUGUUUAUUUUGAAGUCAUAAUAUUUCAGUAAGGGGUACAUUCGUUUCAGCGUUUUGGAUUUUAAUUUUAACAUGUGAAGAAGAUAUUUUCUUAAAAUGAAUCUAUACUACGAUCAAUGAGAAGUGCAAUGAGAUUAAAAAUAGAUGCAUAAAAAAUAAUGUCAAAUGAUAAAAAGAAUUGCAAUUCUAUUUUUGACAUAUUCUAAUUUUAAAAAUGUGAAUUCAUUCGACUACGUUUGUUUAUGACGUCACAAUUUGUGUUUUACUUUGGAAUUUAUCUAGGCCUCUAUUUUCGUUAUGUCUAUAGAAUGAAUGCGAGGAUGCAGUGAGUUUAUAUUGUCUAUGGUAGGGCGCUAGAUGGACUGCAAUUUCAGUACUCUAACAUUUCGAUGUAUAUGUUUUACAAAUCGACAAAUAUAAUGGCAACAAAACAAAUGAUCAGAAAGGUAUUUUUAUUUAGUUGGCAACAUUGCAGAUAUUGAUUAUAAGUUGGGUUUUUGCAAUAUUAGCAGUCAUCAUUAUUAAUUUACUUGCCACGCUCUUGUCGGUGUAGCAUUCUCCGUUCUUGAUAGUUCUUUGGCUUAUAAGAUACGACGUUCGAAUAUUAGAGUGAAAAGGCCCAUUUAUCUUACUCAGUUUACAAAUUAAUCACACAAUAAAAUCAUCAUCAUCGCGUCCAAGCCGUGUCCGGCGUUGGCGACUCCUAAAUGUCUAUCCCAGGUCGUUGUUAUAUAUAAGAUAGGCUCUAAUGUGGCUAGCAAAACCGAACUUCGAUUUGAAGGUUCGGCCACUUGGCGCACAGAAUAACUGGCCAGAAGAAUUAAACGUAUAGUUGUAGGAGGGCUUAAGAAAUAUGAAUAUACACAAUAAAAUACAAAGUACAUGAAAGGUAUGCAAUCUGUUUGAGAAAGAAUGAAAGAAGAGGCAGUCACUGUGGUCCUGUGGUAUACUAACUUCUCAAUCGGAGAGCGUCGGUUCAAACCCAGUACCGGACGUGCACCAAUGAGUUAUUAAUUUAAGUGAAGUUUUCACUAACACAGUUGGCUCGACCAUUAUAGACGGCGAUACGGCUCACCACCUAUCACGUUGGUCUAACAGAAAGCUCGGUGUAGUGUGAAUACCUAGUUCAUUUUGCGAUGGCCGUAACUCUGAUUACCCUAAUUAGAUAUAGUUGUGAGCUUUUGUUUAGAAAGAAUGAAAUGGUCAUUCAUAACGGUGGGUCUUUGUUAUUACAGAAUUAAGUCAAAUGCUAUCAUUAUAUUUGUCGACUGUACAUUAGAUAGAUACAGUAUUCCAGUGCAAUAUAUAGCUGAUCGCAUUUCAAAAUUAAAAAUAAAUAUUUUUUAAUACUUUUUUUGAAUAGCCAAUUUAUAUAGUUUGAGUAUCAAAGUUGUCUAUGGUAAAAGUAAAUUAGACUCGAAAAUGUAUUCGUAAUUCCUAUUAAAUCAAGUUUAUGGUCCAGUAUUUUUUAUUAUAAUAAUAAUUAUUAAUAAUAAAUAAUCUUAGAAGUAAAUACAUAAAUGUGAAGACUGCUUUUUAGUGGUUUGUCAAUUAAGAAAGGUUUUCGUUUGGUAUGACUCCAUUCUAACGAAACACAUAUGUACGGUCAUAGUUUAGAACCCUGUCCGAUCAACAUGUUUGACAUUUAGUAACCACUCUGUUUCAAUGUGUCAAAUAAGUGAAUGCGACAUGGUUCUAUGGUUUAUUCGUCGUGACCGUAUUCGAAAUUUACGUAAUAUUUUUGACCUUUAUGUAUAGAAAUGUCAGGUCAUGCUAGUAGGAUGGGGUCUGUUUUAAAGCCUUCGGGAUAGAAUUGUCGAGAUGUGAAAUACAUUUUAGUCGUUUGUCAGAAAACUCAGGGCUAUGAAUUCUUCAUUAUUAUCAUACAUAACAUCCAUAUAUACAUAUAUAAGAUAACGCAUAUUUCCUGUUGGGGAUAGUGAAGACCAAGGAAUUCCACUUACUAAGAUCGUGACACACAAUUUUCGCUUCUUUCGCACUCAUCAAAUCAUACAUAACAUAAAUAUCGUAUAUACGUCCCACUGGUGGACACAGGCCUCCUCUUACUCAACCGGACGGGCUAUGGAGCAUAUUCCAUCACUCGUCUAUGGUAGAUAUUUACUCACACACCUCAGACAGACACAAUUGUCACCCAUAAUCUGUAUUAGGUAGGCAGAAAGACAAGUAAGUAAUAGAAGAAUUGACUUUUAAGAUAUAAUUUUUUGGAGGCUAAAUAAGUAAUAAAUAAUAUUACAAAUGUAUUUCAUAUCUCAACAAUGCUUCAAAUAAUUUUGGAUUUCUAAUAAUUUUGGCGGGUGUUUGUGCGUCGGUCCCAAGUUGUGCCAUUUUAGGCUUAGCUAAAUAUACCGCGUAGUUAGUGUAAUUCUAUGUAACGUAAAUAUUAUAGUUUAUUAUCAUAUAUUACCAUUUUGCAUAGCACCUCGUUGAGGUAAACUAAAUGAUUGAUUAGCCUUUUUUUUCAGUUUGCAUCAUAUUGUUUGCCGAUUUUAAAACAGAGAACUAGCGUUUAAAGAAAGAACUCUAAGGACUGGUUCUUACCUGAUAAGUAUCUGAUUGCAUCGAAACUUAACUGGCAGAUAGUAGUAAGCUAAUCUAUGCUAUCAGAUACAGGGGGGUUAAACAGACCAUAUCAAAGCAGUUCAUCUAUAAAAGCCACAUUGCUAUUUGACAUUUGUUUUAUAUGUCAAAUUCCAAUAUUGCUUUUUUAGAUGAAUUGCUUCGAUGUGGCUUUUUAAACCCCCCCAGAUGUCAGUAGGUUUCAAAAGUGAAAUGAAAUCGUCUACGGUGAACUGUGACUUAGCAAUGAACAGUGCAAUAUAAAAAUGACAACGGCUAUAGAAUAUGAGCAUGUCCGACACGUUCUUAGCCGUUUUUUUGUCUCAGAGACAUUAUAGACGGGAGUUGCCAAGCACGCGUCUUUUCCGAAGUACAUGAACUAUUGGUUCAUGUUUUGUUAUUUUAUUUGGGUAAAUUACAGCGAUUAUACUUAACAAUAGAACAGCCUUUAAGAGUUACCACGAACUAUACGAUGUUAUUUAUAUGACAUUUAUAGAGACGUUGAUUUUUUUUCUUACGAGCGUGCGGCAGUGAGUAGAUGUGCUGUACAGUCAUGAGCAAUAUAAUGUACCCACUUUAGGACUCUGUCGCACUAACAUAUUUGACAUUUAGUGAGACUUACAGUUCAAUUUGUCAAAAAAGUUAAUGUGACAUGGUGCCAAAGUGUAUACAUAUUAAUGCUCGUGACCGUGCAUGUAUAGCUCACCUCGAAAACGUGGCAAAAAAAAAGAAUGUAAUGUAAUACGGUAUUUGAUUGGGUCAAAGAUAAAUUAUAAAAUGCUAAUCUAGAAAUAGAAGCCAGUCUAAGUUAAUAAAAAAUCAAUCUCACUUUACUUUUCGACUUAUUUUCAAAUUUUAUUUAUGGAUUUAUACCACCCAUUAAUAAACUAAUCUCAUCUUUGAAACUCCUCAAUAUCAGACAGUUCUUAUAUAAAAACAGGGACUUGAGCAUGAUCUUGAGGGCAGUCUCAGCUGAGAUUAGUUUAUUAAUACUAUCCAUAGUAACAAUGAGUGCGACGUUUGACCGCUUUUGUUGAUGACGUCACAGGACAGUAUUUCCAUACAAACUCCUAAGAAAACUUUCGUUUUGACGUUUCGUAAAAAGUAUACGAUUUGACUAGGUUGUCAAGUAGCCUAUUUGCUCCCGUCUACAAUUUCUCUUGAGCUUAUCGACGUGGGUUAUGAAAACUUUUUGAUCAUGAUUAGUUAUCCAUUGCGCGCAAACACCGCCAUAUACGUUUAACCAAAGAAGUGUGUCUUUGUAAAAUAUUCGGUCGAUAGUAGGUAUAGGUAUGUAGGCAAAUGGGUGUUGCAGCUAUAUAGGAUAAGGGUAGCAUAGGAACGUGUAAUUAUGAAUAUCACAAUGCUGUUUAUGGAGAUCGACUACUCAUACAUACAUAACAUCACGCCCAGUUCCCGUUGGGGUAGGUACGAUGCUGAUAUACCACUCAAAUAUAUAAAUAUAUUUUUUAUUUAUGGACUACUCAAUGAAAUAUACACGUUACAAUCUGUCAAACUUAUAAUUUAACAUUGUAGCAGCGGGCUUAGCACCGUGUGCGCGCGACUCUUUCUCGACUCGACAUACGUCACCCGUCACUCUCUCACAGUACUGCACAGAAAGAGACAGACGAUCUCUGUCGCGGCGAGAAAGAGUCGCGUGCUUACGGUGCUAAGCCCGCAGAUAUCCCUGCGGAUAAUAGAUAACAUAAAGAAUAGUCCAUCUCCAUAAAUAGACGAUAAAAAUAACUAAUAUUAUUACGUAUUAAUAAUAUUGUACAGUGCUUCUAUUUUCUCCAUGUCACUCGGCGAUCAUCGCAUUUCUAAAAUUUCCAUGUUCAAUUGUUUAUUAAUUUUCUUUUUUCGUGAAUUUAAAUUUGAAUUCAGAACAUAGUACAUUUUUGUUUCGUUCUUUAUUUACGCGGGAAUCAAAACAAAAUAACAAUAAAAUAUUCAGUUCUAAAUUCAAAUUCUGUUACACGAUAAAUCUAAUAACUGAUGAACAUCGAAGCAUUCGUUUGUAUUCGGAACUGCGAUGACUGCCGAGGGACAUUUAGCCAAUAGAAGCAUUAUAUUUGUUUUCUUGUUGUAUUGAAAACUGUGUAACUAACUGGCAAGGUCAGCUAAAUAAUGUAAUUUUUCGACACGAACACACAAAAUAAACAUAGAUUUUGUAGAAUUUGCCUUUGCAAUUUUAAAGCGCAAAUGAUGAACUGAACGUGUUUUCACUCAAUGUAUGUGUGUAUUAUCUAGUUUUUGUACUUGUCUUAUCGUAAUAACGAAUAUGGCGCCCCCAAUAUCAGUGUGAUCACCGUUGACAUUUUAUAGAGCAGGGUAUCUUUGUUGAAUGGACUUUCUAAUAAAAUAAAUGAGGAAAAAAAAUAUAAGCUCAAAUGUAGGUGGCAGCACUGUUGAAUGUUAAUACAUUUUGAUAGUUCUCCGUACUGUCCAGCUAAAAUUCGUGAUAAAUUUCCAUGAACUUAAAGCAACGUCGUGUACCCAGCCUAAAGGAUAAGUUACGAAAAAGAAAAGCAGUUGAAAAAAGGCAGUUUUGAUUGAACAUAAGUUUUUCUUUCCGAUCUUUAGGGAAUAAAUAUAACACUGCAGUUAAACGCUACGCAAACGGUUAUAGAGUAAAAAUAUAAUCAAAACAAUAUGCUUGUUUACUCAAAUAGUAUGGGGAACUGUCAAAAUUUAAGAACACUCCGCAGCAGCGACCUCUGGUGGGAGAAAUAGGCAAUUUUUCUCCUCAUUGAAGUUUUAAAGCAUUAUUCAUUUGAAAUAUUACACAUAAGACAAGUAUAAAUAAAUAGAUUAUAAUAUGUCUUACUGUCAUACACACACCCCCAUAACGCAUCAUAUUUAUAGGUUAUUUACCUUAAAGCAGGUUCUCAUGUAAUUCUGUUAUUAAGUUUCAAUCUUGUUAUUUCUACUGUUAUUAACCAUUAUUUAUCUAUAAAAUGUGAUGUCUGUCUAAAGUCUUUAGUGUACCUAUUUUUAUAAGAAUUAAGUCCUAUAAUAUUCUACCAUUUCGUGUAUUUAGUAAUAAUUCGGCUCAAUUUUCAUACUUUUCUAAAUUAUCCAAAGAUGAUUCACUCGCCUCCCACACCCUACAUUUAAAAUGAAUCAAAAUGUAAUAUUCAUAUAAAUGAAUUUGACCAGGGUAACGUCAUGCGAUCAUGGAACGUGUAUCAUUCAUGAUAUUUACAUUAAAUCCAUUAGUUUUACAUUAAAACACCGAUCAUUAAAUUUUGUGCCUAAUGUAAGCACAAUAGUCUGCAUAAUUUUUAUAUGGAACACAAUUUUGUAUGGAACGUAGAAGGUUUUUACUGUAAUUAAUGUAACAUGUUGAAAUGAAUUACAAGAACAAAUCUUAAGAAAACUUGUGCAGUGUGUGGUGAAUGUCUAAGUAGAAACAUAAGCAGCUUAUAUAUACGUCCCACUGUUGGACCUUGGUUUCCAACUAUGUAUGGAGCAUAUUCCAUCACGCUGCUUCAUUGUAGGCUGCUGGUGAACACCCACGCCCUUGCAAAUGUAGUUUAUUGAAAUUUAUUCAUUUAAUAUUUUUAAAAUGACAAUAUAUAAGUUUCCAUAAAGUUUACUUUUUGAAUCGUAAUAUAUGAAAAAAUGUGUUAACCGUGUAUCUGUGAAAAUAUUUUUUUAUAUAAAAUUUUAUAUAUUUCUAACUGGGCACAGGCCUUCCGGAGGAGUCCUGCUACUUCAGCGCGGGUUGGCUUUUUGUUUGUUUGUUUUUUUUUUUUAAGUUUUUGGCAUAAAAUAGCAAAUUUCAAUUCACUUUAGAGUUAUGUAACAAAAGCUCAGAAAGCGGGGUGAGGUGUGGGUACAGUCAUGAGCAAUAUAAUGUACCCACUUUAGGACUCUGUCGCACUAACACAUUUGACAUUUAGUGAGACUUAUAGUUCAAUUUGUCAAAAAAGUUAAUGUGACAUGGUACCAAAGUGUAUACAUAUUAAUGCUCGUGACCGUACUUAGUUCAUCUUGCGAUGGAUUGUACCUCUGACUAACCCUAUUGGGAUAUAGUCGUGAGCUUAUGUAAGCUUCAACCUAAGCCCCACACUGCACAAAUAUGUUCCAUGAUGUAUGUACUGAUGCCUGAGAAACUAGUUUGUAAGAUGUAAAGAAAACAUUUUUUUUAAAUAUUGACUUUAAAAAAAAUACUAUAAUACCGCCUUCGUACUACUAUAAAUGUGCCAAUUUUUUAAUAUCUACCCAUUCGACGCAUUCCAUAAACCCUUGUAACAAGCAUUUUUAAAAAUAGAAUUAACUUUUUUUAUUGACUGACAUUUACGUAAUUUUCUUGACAUUUUUGUUGCAUUUUUGUUUUUUUUGUAAGUAAAGGACUUCAGUAGGAUUUACUGCAACGGGAUCUUUUUAAAGUACUGCAAUAUUAUGCUUCUCUUUAUUUUGAUCAGAAUAACAAGAGUCAUCAUUUAUACCCAAAAACAAAGAUAAAAGAUGCAUAAUAUGUCUAUACAGCGCGAUCUAUAUUUUUUUUUGGCGAACGUAGCCUGGAAAGCCUCAUUGUUGGCAUGUUUACUAUUUGCUCAUUCGAGUCUUAAAUAAGUCCCAAAGUAUAUUUUGCAUUGAUCCCAUUACUCGUAGUCAAAGCCAAGACUGUUAUCAAUCCACACUAUGCUUUCCCGUAGUAACCAUCAAAAUCAAAUCAAAUAUGCUUUAUUGCACAAAAACAUUUUUUAUUUGCAAUAUUUUUCUAAAUUACUUUUAUAAUUUAUUUUCCGUAACAAUAUUGGUUUAUACACUUUUAUUUAAUUUAAUAAAUAAAUUACGCAUUUUUUACAACUCUAUACGUAACAUUUUUGUUUUUUUAUACUCUAUUGACUAAUACUGAAGCGAAAAGACUAAUUAUUUUAUGUUUUUGACGAAAUCAUCACACUCAUUAUGUUUAUACUAAUGUAAGUUAAACCAAAUACGAAAUGACUUGAAAGUUGCUUUAUCCAGAAUUUAGUAGCUUUAGCAUAACACUCGUUUAUCGCGCGCGAUAAAUAAACCAAUUAUUUAGGCUGAUUUAUCGCGUCGAGGUGUUAUGCUACGGCUACAGAUGACCCGUGUUUUUUUUCUUGGUUUAUCGUAUCUAUCUUAGGCCUUCAAUAUUAAAAGUGUGGCUGCAAGUUAUCUCCUCGUGGUUUAAUAAGGCCUCAUCGAAGUUAUUCAAAUAUAAAUCAAAUAUAAAAUUCAAAUAUAAAAGUAAGUGCGCAAUGCAAACAAAUGUCAAAUAGCAAUAUUGCUUUUUUAUGGUGAAUUGCUUUUCAACGUGGUGUUUUAUACCCCUGGUGUCUGAGAGGUAUCUAGUAUAUUUCAAUUCAUUUCGUCAUUUGGCUCUUUACUCGUGUAAAACUAUUAAACCUGAUAUUAAAUUUAGUUCGUAAGGGGAUGUGAAUAACACUUUUGUACGUAUAAAUGAAUAAAACUCGUCGAAUGUUAGCGUUAAGUUACGCAACACAGAAAAUAUGUUGAACAGAUAUGCUUUUUGCUUUUCCUUGAAAGUUUCAAAGGUCAAUGUUACAACUUUGCCUAAGAACAUUGUUUUAAGUUUACGCGGUUAUUAUCAUAAUUAAAGCACAUAAUAACGGGUUCUUACCGCGUUUAAAUGGGGAUAUGAGACUCCCUACUCCUAAACACGGUAAGAACCCGUUAUUAUGUGCUUUAAUUUGCCUAAGAAACCGUACAUAAAAUCCUUUUUUUGCUCCAAUAGAAAAUGAACCAUGGAAUAGGCGAAAUGUAAAACGACGUAACAUGACGUACGACGAAUCUGUUAGGUUAAUGGUGCUAAUUCCUGUACAGUCAUGAACAAAAUCAUGUACCCACUUUAGAACCUUGUCGCACUAUCAUAUUUGGCAUUUACUGAGACUUACGGUUUAAUAUGUCAAAAAAGUUAAUGUGACAUGGUUUCAAAGUGUAUAAAUAUUAGUACUCGUGACCGUAUCGACUAUCUAAUUUUAUUUUAAGUUAUAACUGUCAUUGUCUUAUCCGCUGAAAAAGAAAGGGACGGGUAAUCGACAGGCAUAAAAUUUAUAGAACACACGUCAAUUUUAGGCAGAAAUUUGAAAAACACUUCAAACAUUUUAUAUUGGUCAAUAAUCCGAUAGAAUUAAGUUGACAGCUUACCUCAAACGGGUUGCACAUGCGAGAUGCCCGUUUUAUUCGCGGGUUAUUCAUUCGUUUUAAAAUUAACAGUUGUCAAUCAUCCGUCCCUUUCUUUUUUGGCGGAUGAGAAAAUGACGGAUAUAACUUAAAAUAAAAUUAGGAAGUGUCUGCAGGAAUCGAGCCCAAUGUGUUUCUACGUAGACCAUAGUUGGUGGUAAUUUCUUUAUCAUUUGGCAUAAGUUUAUUGGGCAAUGUUGGACAUUGAUUAUUGACGUUUUCAAUGAUUAAUAAAAAAACAUCCCUGUUGAUACCCAAAGCGGUAAUGCAUCAAGUCAUUUCUGUUAAGUGAAAAUUGUAAUAUAAAAAAAAUGUAUGAACUCACUUUUUUCUAAAUAGUUAUAAAUGUUCCAGUGUUAAGCCUAGAAUCUAUAAUGGCCUGAAGAAUCACCGUAAAAAGAACAAGUUUUAAUUUGUCAUAAAAAGAAGUUAGUUCCAUAAAUAAGUUUGUUAGUAAAGGCAGCAGCUAUCAAAUGUCUCUAAAAACGUUCUCGACGCCUUAAAAUAAUUCUAAAUAAAAACCAGCAUAAUAAGUAUUACUUGUGUAGAAUUCUCUAAAGUGCGUCGAGUAUCAAAGUUACCUAAGUUUUAAAGGUCAAGUUAGACGCUCUGUUGACUCGAUUUAGUGGGCGUAGACCUUUAAAGACGUGAUUCUUUCAAACAUUGUCGGAUUAUUCUCUAUUUUGAUCACAUCGCAUGGUAAAGUUAGAUAAACGAUAACGUCACAUUCGCAUGUAAAUCUAUUUAUUAGACUAUUUAUUUUUAUUUAACCGCCUGUAUUAUUUUCAAUGUAAAAAUAUAUUAUAAGAAAUUUAUCUAUA